AUGGCCUCAGACAAGAACACUGAGAGCAUCGGCCAUGUCGAAGGUCCCGAUGACUCCGGCGGCGUCAAGGAGUUGACUCCGGUUGACACGGUGCACAAUGACGAGGCCCUGAAGGUGUUGGCCGACUACCACGGCGACAGCGAGUGGACGGAGAAGGAAGAGAAGAGGCUGCGCCGCAAGGUUGAUUGGAGACUUAUGCCUGUUCUCUGCGCAACCUAUGGUUUGCAGUACUACGACAAGGCCAUGCUGUCCCAGGCUGCUUUGUUCGGGCUGAGGCAAGACCUCAACCUGACCGUGAGUGACCGUUACUCUUGGUCAGCGUCCAUCUUCUACCUGGGCUUCAUCGUUGGUGCCUACCCGGCCAUGGUCCUCGCUCAGAAGUUCCCCGUCGAGAGGGUCGCCUCUGCCAUUGUCACGCUCUGGGGCAUCUGUCUCAUCCUGACGACGGUUUGCAAGGACUACAAGGGCAUUUAUGCGCAGCGUUUCUUCCUGGGGUUCCUCGAGAGUGGCAUCAGUCCCAUGUUCAUGCUCAUCGUCGGAAGCUGGUACAAGAAGAAUGAACAAGCCAUGCGCAUGGGAAUCUGGUACUCCUGCACGGGCUACGUCUCCAUGUUCUCGCCUCUGAUCAACUACGGCUUUGGCUCGAUCAACCCAACGGGGUCCUCGUGGCGCUACAUGUUCUACUUUGCAGGCGGCCUCACCAUUGUCUGGGGCAUCGCCCUGCUCUUCGUGCUGCCGCCCGACCCGAUCCGCGCCAGGGGCUUCGACGAGCGCGAGCGCUACCUGCUCGUCGCGCGCCUGCGCACCAACAACUCGGGCGUCCGCAACAAGCACUACAAGCUGGACCAGGUGGCCGAGCUGGCGACGGACCUGAAGUUCUGGAUCGUCUUUGCCAUUGCGUUCCUCUGCAUGAUCGCCAACGGGCCCAUCUCGACGUUUGUGCCCAUCAUCAUCAACGGCUUCGGCUUCAGCACGCUGCACUCGCUCCUCCUCGUCAUCCCGGCGGGCGCGUACGCCGGCACGCUGAUGCUCGUGUUCCCGUACCUCGCCAUGCGCUUCCCCGGCAUCCGCACGUGGCUCAUCCUCGCGGCGCAGAUGGGCACGACGCUCGCGGCGCUGCUGCUCUGGCUGCUGCCGCUGCGGCAGAAGGGCGCGCUCCUCUUCGCCGCCUACAUCCUGCCGUCCGUCGGCGGCGGCUACGCCGUGCUCAUGAGCCUGCAGAUCGCCAACACGGCCGGCUACACGAAGCGGUCCAUCGCCUCGUCCGGCCUCUACAUUGGCUACUGCCUCGGCAACUUUGUCGGCCCGCUCGUCUUCAAGAAGCAGGACGCGCCGCGCUACGCGCCCGGCUUCACCGUCGUUGUCAUCACGUCCGUCAUUGCCGGUCUGCUUGCUGUCGUGUACCGCUUCGUGUGUGUCUGGGACAACCGCCGGCGUGACAAGAGCGGUGUCACCGAGGGCUUCGACCAUGCGUAUGAGGAUGAUCUCACGGAUGUCAAGAACCCUCAGUUCCGCUACAUCCUGUAA